AUGACAUUUUCUCCAAUAGAAGCUGAUGUGGGAGGAUUGUUAACGAAGGUAAUCAAUACGGUAGAAAGAACGUCAAAUGAAGUCAGUAUUUCUUCAUUUUAUGUACUCAGUGGUUCUAAGAAGUAUAAAAAAUAUCCAGGCAAGGGUAUAUUUAGUACUCAGAGAAUUUACUUGUACUAUACCAACAUAUCUUCGCAGAUUUUUCUUAAGAAGUGAGUAACGAACAGUUCAGAAGAUGCAAACGUGUUAGAAAAUUAGUGUUAGCGAUAGUGGGUUAUUAAUAUUUUACACGCACAUAUGUAAAAUGCUUAGUAUGUUAUGAAGUGAUAGGAAUUAAGUCAAAAAUAGAAAAAAUUGUAAUUUAGGUCAACAUAUCGAAUUUGACGAUGAUUACGAUAAGACGAGUUUAUUUAUCAUGGUGUGAACUCAAGCUUCAAUAUGUAAAAUGAAAUUACUGUAGCUUUUUUCGUUUUGAUACGGGAUUAUGCAAAAAUAUGUUGAACUCUUUUUGGCGGUCCUAAUAGGCAUACCAGACAAGUGAAAAGGAGACCGUUUCAGAGCUACGCCUAUUAAGAGUCAUCCUAGAAAGACUUGAAUGCUCCUUUGCCAGGCAGGAGGCAAAACUGGAUAAAUUGCUAAACAGUCAGACCUCACCGUGCCUUGAACCCCCAGUUUUCCAGCGACAACAACGAUCUUUAGCCACACCUUCUCCACACCUCAACGGACAGUCUACCCUCGCCGAGGUCGAAAAAUUUCUUGAAGAGACAAGCACAUCUGGUAAAUAUCUUACGGUUAUAUUUUUAAUGUUCACAUUGCAAAAGACAAUAUCCUGACUCUUAGGGAAAAAUCAGAAUUCAAUAUUUUUACUUACAAUGACUUCAACGAUCUUUUGUCAGACGGAGAUUGUCCCUUAAAAAUGACUCUGAGCAGCCUUUUAGAGCAACAGAGCACUUAUGAAUUAUAUGUUAUGCUUUCCAAAAUUCUUAACAAUGAUGAAUGUCUUUUAUUAUACCAUCCACUUUUAGAAUGUGCUGCAAUAUUGACUGAAAUCUCAUUACUCCUUAGAUUUGCCUGACUUAGUUGUCAUUGGUGGCAACGUAAAUGUUAAACUCUCCGGGGAGGACUACGAGUACGCCAGAGCGCCCACAAGCCCACGGUCCUGGCUCUUCGCCUAA